GAACCUUUGGAGUUUGAUAUGAUGUGAUCACACACACACACACACACACACACACACACACAGGCCCGUGAUGACACGUGGAACACACUCAGCGUUCAGAAUGACACAGCUCUGAUCCGAGGGAAGUGAUCUCUGAAAGUGCUCAGUGAGCACCCCUAAUUUCCCUGAUUUACAUUUCACUGACAAUCACACCUAAUGGAAUCCAAUCAGAAAGCGAGCGGGGAUGGAGUGAUGGGGACGCAGAAGGAGGCGGCGUUGCGGCUACUCACACAGCGAACAGGAUACCAACUGAAGCAGGAGAACGGUCAGCGGCGGUAUGGUGGCCCACCACCCGGAUGGGACGGCCCACCACCAGAGAGAGGCAGCGAGAUCUUUGUGGGGAAACUGCCGAGAGAUCUGUUUGAAGAUGAACUUGUUCCGCUGUGUGAGAAGUUUGGUAAAAUCUAUGAAGUGAGGAUGAUGAUGGACUUUAACGGGAACAACAGAGGUUACGCCUUUGUCACCUUCAGCACCAAACAGGAGGCCAGAACAGCCAUGAAGCAGCUUAACAACUAUGAGAUCAGGAACGGUCGCCUCCUCGGUGUUUGUGCCAGUGUCGACAACUGCAGGUUGUUUGUGGGCGGGAUUCCCAAAACCAAGAAGCGCGAGGAGAUCCUGUCGGAGAUGAGGAAGGUCACCGAAGGGGUCAUUGACGUCAUCGUGUACCCCAGUGCUGCAGACAAAUCCAAGAACCGAGGCUUCGCCUUCGUCGAGUAUGAGAGCCACCGCGCCGCUGCCAUGGCUCGGCGCAAACUGCUGCCAGGUAGAAACCACGCUGCAGAUUUAGUUUCAUCAUCGAUUUCACAUUCCAAAUGAUUUGAAUAGAUCUGG